AUGGCCCAGGGCGGAGACGUAAGCAUAACCAACCAACUGGAUAAUGUAAGAAAGAGUUUACUUCCCUCCUCUUUCGGCUACCGCUCCCGGCGGUCAGCUUGCAAACACAGGGUCACUGGUCUCGGCUCGGCUGUCAGGCUUCAGGAACACACUUUGAACCCCGGUCGGAUCAUGGUAUGGAGCCAUGCCCCCUUGGUCUUGGUGAAGCGGAUUGGAAAGUCCCGUUGCGUUCUUGCAGUGGCAUUCCCGGUCAGACUGGUUCAACCACGCUUUGCGCUUGGUGAGGAAACACGCGAGGUCAAUUCUAGCCUUGGCAAGCUUGGCUGUGACGAACAUGAUCAAAGUUCCAACAUUUUGUCUGAUAUGUCAAGCCUCUCCAAAACAGAAGAUUUCAAGCGCUUCGAGCAAGCUCAAACUUCAACAAGAUGUGAGGGGGACGUGAAGGAAACUCUUCCCAAAGCUUCAUUGUUCAAGGCUGUCGCCUACCGCGUGCUUGAGAGUUCUCAGUUACCAAAGAGAGUUCCAUCAGUUGCUGCGAUGGAAGUUGCUAGUCCAGACAAUGUUUGCGAUAAAGGAGGCCAUCGUCAAUGUGCACAGACAUUGCCAUGUGGGUUUAGGAACAAAGCCGCACGGAUAAGGGAGCCUCUUCAGAAACCUCGGUGA